UCUGCGUCUUCCCUAUCAGGAUCGAGCUUCUCCUCAUGCCAAUCGACCUCCUGACUCUCCGCACUGGAGAUGAACAUCCAGAUUGAGCUCCAUGCCACCGAAUUGACCUCUCACACGGAUGAGCUUGCGGUUUGGGAGAAGAACAUGGGAGAGGAGAGAUCGGGAAACCAAACGGAUGUGUAAAAUCUUGCCUUGCUCUGACGAGGGAGGCUUGGCUUGCACGAGGCGAGCUCAGCAAGGAUCCAAACUGACCCUAACGUGCAAACGUGGAGCUUAAACCAAAAACUGGGGAACUGAGGGACCUGGGGGCAAAUUUCUCCUCACCAUUUCCCCUUCCCUAAACCCUCUUCCUCGCUUUACCUCUCAAAACCCUAGCCCCCUCCACCGAGGCACCGACAGCCUCCAUGUCGCGCUCGAGCUCACUCUCCGAGCCCGAGGCGGGCAUCUCCUGCUUCGCAUCCUCCCUCCCCGGGUUCCGCGGCGUUCUCAAGCAUCGCUACACGGACUUCAUCGUCCACGAGGUCGCCCGCGACGGCGCCCUUGUCCGCCUCAGCUCCUUCGAUCUCCCCACCGAGGUAUCGGCCCCGCCCUGCAGUUUUCAGCUCACAAUUGUGCACCGUCGAUUCCAUUCUCGCUUGCCAUUCGUGGGAUUGCAGUGCGUGGAUGUGACAGAGGAGGAGAAGGCGGCGCCCUCGACCGACGCGGACCACUCACAGGCACUCGAGUCGUUCCGUGCGCUCUGCGGCGACGUGGACUACGAUGCGGUGAAGGGGCUUCUCGAGAGGUCGGCGGCUGGUGGUGACAGUGAUGUCUCACCGGUUAUUCUCUCACCUGACGCCGACAAGGCUCAUCGAUCGGAGGUGCAUAACUUCUUUAAGAGGAACUUCAAGUUCCUGGUCACGGACACGGUGGAACACAAUGAUGGGAUUAAGAGGUGCAUCAGGGUGCGGUUGGGGUCAGGAGCAGGUGGAGGGAGGGGCAGUGGUGGGAGAGGAAGGAAGAGGAAGAACAUGGGUGGUUCGGGUUGGAGAGAUGACAGGCCAUAUGAUAGCAGAGGGUCGAGUAAUUGGUCAGAUCAUGUCGGCAAGUUCCUAAGGUUUCACCUUUACAAAGAGAACAAGGACACACAAGAAGCAUUAGGUGUGAUAGGAAAAAUGUUAGGACUUCAGUCACGUUCAUUUGGGUUUGCAGGGACAAAAGAUAAACGUGCUGUUACUACGCAGCAGGUAACUGUUUUCAAGGUUCAAGCCAAUAGAUUGGCUGCUCUUAAUAAUCGGCUUUUUGGGAUUAAAGUUGGAAACUUCUGUUAUGUGAAGGAGGGACUUGUUCUUGGUCAACUCAUGGGAAAUAGAUUUACAAUUACUCUCAGGGGUGUUGUUGCAGAAUCUGAAGACAUAAUAAAAACUGCUGUUGAUGGCUUAGGAAAGAAUGGAUUUAUCAACUACUAUGGUUUGCAGCGUUUUGGAAGUGGUUCAGUACCAACACACCUUGUUGGGGCUGCUUUGCUUAGAGGAGAGUGGAAGACUGCUGUAAACUUGAUUCUUGAUCCAAGGGAAGGAGAGCGUGAUGACAUAAAUGAGGCACGCAAACACUACAAGGAACAUGGUGACAUUGAUAAGGCACUGAGGAACUUACCUCGACACCUUGUAGCUGAGAGGGCUAUACUUCAAUGUUUGAAGAAAUGCCCUGGUAACUAUCUACAAGCACUAAAGGGUAUACCAAGAACAUUAAGAAUGAUGUAUGUACAUAGUUACCAAAGUUACUUGUGGAAUCAUGCGGCCAGCAUGAGAGUGGAAAAGUAUGGCAUUUCACAGGUUGUAGAAGGUGACUUAGUUUAUAACAAAGAAUGCCCUCCUGGAGAAGGAACUUCAAUAGAUACUUCAGAAGCUGAUGAUGGCAAUACAAAUUCAUCUGAGAUUGAUCUAUGUUCUGAAGCACAACCAGAAGAAGCUAUCCAGUCUAUGAAGAAAGUUGACUCUGAAGAUUUAUUAAAGGAGGUCUACACAUUUGAUGAUGUUGUCCUUCCUUUGCCUGGUUCUCAAGCAUUGUUUCCUGGGAAUGAAGUUGCUGAGAUUUAUCAUGAAAUGGCUAGAAAGGAUGGCAUUAGCUUGACAGAGAAUGCUCAUGGUGUCAAGGAGUUUUCAAUCACAAGCAUGAAAGGAGGUUACCGUCGGGUGUUCCAGCGGCCUAUUGAUUUUGAGUGGGAACUCAUGACUUACACGGAUGACAGUUCAUCUUUAGCAGAAACUGAUUUGGAUAUUCUGUCCGGAACCAAGCCUACAGAAGCAAAUGAGCUUGUUUCUAGUGGGAUUUCUGACCACCAGUCACAGGAUAAGUUGGAAAGGCCUUCAGAUACAUCUGUGCCAACUAAUGGAAGUAGCUUCCUAGAAAAUAAGCCUAUUGGCAGCCCAGAUACACUACCGAGAAAAUUGGCCAUAAAAUUAGCAUUUACUUUACCAGCAUCAUCUUAUGCUACAAUGGCUAUUAGGGAGCUGCUGAAGACUUCGACCUCAGUUGCAUAUCAGAAAACACUCAACUGCUAAAUUUUGGUACCGAAGUCAAUUAUCAUUCUGAUCCGUGAUCUCAUCUUUGAGGUGGUGACCUAGUUAAAGCACUUAAGCUACACAAAUAGCUAGUGAUUCGAUUAGCUCAGUUGGAAGUCCAGAUGAUCUCGAGGGGCCUGUAGUCUGCACUGGUAGUAUUUCCCUAUUGCUUUUCAAUGCUGCCCGUUUGGUGUAACAAAUGGUAUGCCUAUUCAAAAGCGUUUCACUGGGCUGGAUAAUGUGUUGGGAUAUUUGAACUAUUAAGCGGCAUGCCAUUAUAAAGCUUGUAUAACUUAAAAUUUCAUUUUCAAUAAUGGAAUCAGGCUAUAAAACUGA